ACUAGUGUAAUAAAAAAGUGGGAGGUAAUGUGGACGAAUCGUGAAACCACAAUUGGCGAAUAAUUUUGUCAAAUGCUGUUGCAAUCUUGUGCAUUCUUACACGUGGAAUAUAUAAACAUAUGAGAGAGAUAACAGUAGUCAAAUGACAUUAGAUAAUUUAUCUUUUAUUUUUACACAGUAGUUUUUUGGAGGAUAAACAUUUUUUAUUAACAAACCUAAUAAGGUUAAGCAUGUGAAGUAGUAUAAGAUGUAUUACAGUAGAAUUUUUCAACGAAAUUACGUAAAAUCUUUCAAUACAAUAUGUACUGCCAAAUAUUCAAGAAAAAGCGCAAAAAAUAUAUCAGCAUUCAAAUUAGUUAAGUCAAAUAAUAUCAAUGAAGAUGUUGAUAAUGGAGAAUUUGGGAAUAAUCCAAAUUGGGAGUUAUUUGGGCUCAAAGGUUUCCGAUUUUAUCUACCAGGUAGUAUUGGACCUGGUUGGCUUGAUCAAUCAACAACAGUUCAUGUGAAAACGAAAUCAAUUAUUCUACCUGAUGAUGAAGAAAUUAGCAGUAGAUGUAAAAAUUAUAGGAACAAAAGAAUCGAUCCUGAUCAACCUGUUCUCCAAUGUAUAGCUCAAGAAUGUCCUAUACUACUCAGAAAGGGUAUCAUAGAGCUAUUUCCAGGUUGUAUGGAGACUUCGUCACCUCAGUUGACCAUUGUGACCAUCACACAAAAACUUAAUCCGAGAAUAAGGUGGAGUAAAGAAAUUGAAACUGAGAAGCUAGCAAAAUACUUUCUUCUUGCAGCAUCUGAUCUAUGCAAUAAGCUGAAAUUGUUUGGAUACUGGGCCGAUUUUAUAAAUCCUUUCAGUGGUCAACCAUACUUCAGCCCGAACAAAAGUAGUAUGCUGUAUAAAACUGAUGAAAGAUUCAGAUGCAUAGGUUUUAAAAUAUUGAAAAAUAAUUCAUGUAAAGUAAUAACUCAUGACACCAAAAAUAAUGAAUUCAGAGGAAGCCUUUAUACAUCGGCCCCAUCAAAUUCGGAAUUUUUUCGAGAUAUACUGAAUAUGCCAGAUUAGUAAAUCUCUGUGAUUGAUAUUCUAGUUUAUCAACCGCUAGCUACGUACUGAUACGAGAUAAAUGAUUGUAAUUAUUAUCAGAUAACUAUUUUGUUGAAUUAUCUCAAAUAAAUUAUAGAGAAUAAAUAAUUCUACUUAAAGAA